AUGUCCUUCAGCAUUUCUAGUCCGGCUUCUUCACCAUGGGACACUCCAGCAAAUGAGCAACCGCGACCACAGAACAAGCGCAUCAACUCCCAGUGGCGACCGGCCGUAGCUCCUUCGCCAUAUCAACAGGCUGCGCUCACUAGCGGUACUCCAGCACCAGCAGCUCGAGACCCCGGCAGCUACUUUCCACCUCAACCCUCUCCACAACCUCCCACCAUGAGUUACGGCCAGCAGCCCGGAAUGGGCCAGUACCCUCCGCAGUAUGACGGGCAACAGGACGUCAGCGGGCUGACGCAGCAGAUGGGUCAAAUGGGCAUGGACGGAGGUGCCGCUCAGUCAGGCCGAAGGAAGAAGGACAGACAUGCGUACCAUCAGAUUGAGCAGCCUGCAGGAGGAGCACAGAGCUUUGGAGCACAACCCGCGGGCCAGUAUAUGAACGGACAAGCAUCGACUGCACAGUCUGGUGCGGGCGUGGAUCCCUCGCAGCAGGCUCCGUGGCAUCAGACAACGCAGCCGUGGCAAUCGCAACAACUGCCGCAACCCGCCAACAAUCAGUUCCAGCCGCAGGCAGGCACGCCGAUCAGUAUGGGCGCCGGCGGACAGCAACAAGGUGCUCCUGCCGCAGGUGCACAGGGCCGCGUGAAUCCGGAUCAAAUACCAAGCGUGCCUCUGAGUAGGGAUCUGCCGACCGAAUACUACAAGGCGCAUAUCUAUCCCACAAUGGAGCAGCGAUUACCGCCGCCCUCUACGACUCCCUUCGUUGCGUACGACCAGGGGAAUGCGUCGCCAAAGCAUGCGCGACUGACAUUGAACUGCAUCCCGAAUUCCCAGGAACAACUAGCCACGACUGGGCUCCCACUGGGUCUCGUAGUACAGCCUCUCGCGAAGCAGACUGAAGGCGAAGCUGCGAUCCCUGUUCUGGACUUUGGCGAAGUGGGGCCGCCGCGUUGUAGGAGAUGUAGAGCAUAUGUCAACCCAUUCAUGGUUUUCUCGAAUGGCGGCAACAGAAUGACCUGCAAUCUGUGCGGUCACCCGAAUGAAGUCGGCCCAGAGUACUUCGCCCCCACGGACCCUUCUGGGGUACGAGUGGAUCGUCAAGAGCGUCCAGAGCUGAUGCUCGGAACCUGUGAAUUCCUGGUGCCCAAGGAGUACUGGUCGAAGGAGCCUGUGGGUAUGCGCUAUCUGUUCCUUAUCGAUGUGAGCGCAGAGGCAUGCAAUCGUGGGUUUUUGAAAGCCAUGUGCGAUGGCAUUCUUGCCGCACUCUACGGCGAUGACCUGGAGACCCCUGCAAAGGACGAGAGCGAUACGCAGGCCAACGGCGAGGCGCCUCGCACGGCGACCAAAGUCCCUCCAGGCGCAAAAGUGGGGUUUGUUACUUUUGAUCGCGAGAUCCACUUCUACAACGUUUCGUCCGCGCUUUCAGCACCACAGGAGCUUGUUAUGUCGGAUCUCGAAGACCCGUUUACACCCAUCUCUAACCAGCACCUCUUCGUGGACGCCGCCGAGAGCAAGUCUAAUAUCGUUACACUCCUGCGACAGAUGCCGAUGAUGUUCGAGAGGAUCAAGCAAGCAGAGCCCGCUCUCCUGCCGUCAUUGACUGCAGCGCUCUCUGCACUAUCGGACACGGGUGGCAAGGUCAUGUGCAGUCUGGCGAGUCUUCCUACAUACGGGCCUGGAAAGCUUGCCAUGCGUGAUAAAGGAAUGCAAACUGCGUCCAACGACCACCCUGAACAGGAGAAAGUCCUCUUGGGAACCGAGAACCAAGGCUUCAAGAAAAUCCAGGCUGACAUGGUCAAGGCCGGCGUUGGAGUGGACUUCUUCCUGAUGGCUCCAGCUGGCGGAUACCUCGAUAUUGCCUCGAUUGGCCUCGUUGCUGAGAAGACGGGUGGCGAGACGUUCUACUAUCCCAAUUGGGCAUAUCCUCGGGACACACUCAAGCUGGAGAAGGAACUUAGCCACACUGUCCAGAGAGACCAGGGUUAUCAAGCUCUGAUGAAGGUCCGCUGCAGCAAUGGUCUGCAGAUCUCACACUACAGCGGUAACUUCACACAACAUACUUUCGGCGCCGACCUGGAGAUGGGCAGCGUCACCCAAGACAGUGCCAUGUCCGUGACUUUCUCAUACGAUGGUAAAUUGGAACUUCGCAAUGACGCCCAUUUUCAGUCUGCUCUUCUAUACACUACUGCGACUGGUCAGCGCCGAGUUCGAUGCACAAACACCGUCGCAACUGUCACAGAGAAUGCUCGCGACAGCAUGCGGCUGGUCGAUCAAGAUGCCGUGGUCGCCAUUCUCGCAAAGGGCGCGGCAGCAAGAGUACCACAACGGUCGCUGGCAGAGAUGCGCCAGACGUUGCAGGACAAGAGCAUUGAUGUGCUUUCUGGAUAUCGAAAACAUCACUCGGGAUCGCACCCUCCCGGACAGCUCGUCAUGCCAGAAAAUCUCAAAGAGUUUGCUAUGUAUAUGCUCGGUCUGAUCAAGUCGAGAGCCCUGAAAGGUGGCAAGGAACCCAGCGAUCGACGUAUUCAGGAGCUGAGGGCGCUGAAGGCGAUGGGUCCUGCCGAACUCAGCCUUUACCUUUACCCUCGAAUCAUCGCACUGCAUACCUUGGAGCCCGAUGAAGGCUUCGCCGACGAAAACGGUCACCUCAAAAUGCCCCGUUCAAUCAGGGCCAGCUACAGCAACAUUGAAGAGGGUGGAGCGUACUUGAUCGACAAUGGACAGAUACUGCUACUCUGGCUUCACCAGCAAGUCAGUCCCAACCUGCUUGAGGAUCUGUUCGGACCGGACUUCAACGACCUGCAAAAUCUGGAUCCUAACUUGAACACAUUGCCCGUUCUGGAGACGCUGCUAAACGCCCAAACCCGGAAUAUCCUCUUGUCUCUUGAGCAAGGCGCGGGAACUGGCAGAGGCUCGAAGGGCUUGUCUAUUCAACUCGCGCGCCAAGGGCUGGAUGGCGCGGAAUUCGAGUUUGCGCGCUUGCUGUACGAGGACCGCAACGGGGAGGCGAGCAGCUACGUCGACUGGCUUGUCCAGCUUCACCGAGGCGUGAGCAUGGAUGUGGGUCCAUCGUAGUCUUGUCAACACGAGAACAUGUCGCUAAUCACGAGUUGCAGAUGAGCGGUCAGCGAUCCAAAGCAUCGUCGAAUGAUGUCUCGCAUACGAUCAGUGAUACCAUCACGACGAUUGCGAGCAACGUGCCCUACUGGAGUUGAUCCCUCUUUUGAAUAUUGAGAAACUCAGUGGCUGUGCUAAACGGAAGUAGGGUCGCGCAACCCCUCUAAGGUCUCAACCGAUACCAAGCGUCGUGACUGUGAAGGGUCCAGGGGAUCGAAAGUCAGAUUCAUCAUGAAGAUUCCGCCCUUUCCGAAGCCAACGCUGCGGUUGAGCAGUCCACUCGCGAAGGGUCUCCUUCGUGUACUACCGCCAGCCGCCGUUGUUGGGCGCGGCAUCCUCGACGAUGAAGAGGAUCCUGUCAGUUUAGGAGACGAUGUGACCGAAGAGAUGAUGGUGCCUUUGACUAGCAUAGGGCGAUAUUCCAUAUGA